AUGACGGCGCAGAUUGCCAAGCCGGCCGACCGGAGGGGCCGGAAGGGCAUGCCCACGCGGUCUGGAGUGGGUAUCGUCAAGGUGUCUGUCGCCGUCGGUAUCGAUCUCGGCACCACGAACAGUAUGGCGCACAUGUAUCGGCCAGGCAGGAACCCAGAGGAGGUGUUCGACCGCGUCGUGCCUUCGGUGGUCCUGUACGAGUACGCCGAUAGCGAGUGGAAACAGCCGUUGUGUGGUGCUGACGCCGAGGCAGAGUACAUCCACGCGAUGAGAAACCCGAUGCGACACGUGUUCUUGCUGACCGACGCGAAGCGGCUGCUCGCACGGUACCGCGCCAACGUGCCGGAGUCGAUCGUCACGUCGCUGGAGGCGCAGGAGGGGCGCGUGAAGAUCACUCGCACAACGGAUGGGUUCGCCGUCUUUCAACUGACGUGCCGCGAGGAGGGACAGGUGGUCGCGGAGAGGUGCGUCACACCGCAGGAGGUGCUGGCGGAGGUCCUGCGCCACGUCCGCGUCGCGGUGGAGCAGCACCUCAACCCCGCCACGGAGGAGGUCGGGCGCGUUGCCGUCGGCAUCCCCCACGGCUACGACGAUCUACAGCGCGAGGCGACGAUCCAGGCGGCGAGGAUGGCGAACUUCGACCGCAGCAUCGUGGACCUGAUUCCCGAGCCCGUCGCGGCAGGGUUCACCUUGGAGCGCUUCGCAGCGGAUGCCCCGAACGUGGGCGACGUGUUCGCCGUGCUCGACUUGGGCGGCGGCACGCUUGACGUCACGAUCAUGCGCGUGAAGGAGGGCGGGGCGGAAGUCAAGGACAGGUCUUUCAAAGUCCUGACGACCCACGGGGAUAACAACUGCGGCGGCAGGGACCUGGACGAGGUCUUGCGGGCCAUCGUCGAGGAGAAACACGCCUUCUGGGAGGACAAACACGGCAUCGGGCCCAAAGCACGGGAAGCAUGGACGGCACGGGAAGAAUGGACGAGCAAGACGCACGGCGGGUACGCGCGACGGCGUCUCACAACGUGCGAUGUCGAGAAGCGGAAGAAGCUCGAGUCGCUGAAGAUCAAGCUGUCGGGGCUGAGGGACGCGCACAUCACGUGGGGGGACCACGAUAGAUCGAUCACCGUGACGCGCCAGGAGUUCCAGGAGCAUCCCCUGAGUGAAGCGUUUUUCCGCAAGGUGGCACGCAACCUCGGGGUGGCGCUGCAGACCCUGCCCAGCGCGUCGCGAAGGAACUUCGACUGCGUGAGUCGGGUCUUGCUGGUCGGGGGGUCGGCGUUCGUUCCAGGCGUCAAAGCGGCCGUUGAGAGCGUUUUCAAGGAUUGGACCACGAUGAGGCACCCGAUGAAGAGCGUCUCGGAGGGCGCUGCGUGGUAUGCGCGCCGCAAGCUGGACAGGCCAGACGACGAGCUGUUUGAUGACGUCGUCCCGUACUCGCUCGGGCUCGAGUACCGCGACAGCAGCGGCAAGCCGCGCCUUGCGCACAUGAUCAGCAAGGACACGGAGCUGGCCAAGGCGCGCUGGGUGUCGCAAGAUUUCUACACUGCAGAUGACGACCAGUCGUACUGCGACUUCAACAUCCACCUGUCGCCUCGUCACACGUGCGGGUCUGUCGCGCACAGCAGGGUGGUCGGCAAGCUGCAUCUCCCCAACUUGCCGCCUGGGCCCAAGUUCAGCGUGCGCUUCGGCAUCGAAGUGAACAUCGACCAGCACAUGAAGCUGCACUGCACCGCGUGGAUGGUCGGCAAGGACAACAUCAAGGUCACCAGGGAGAUCGACUUCGUGCACGAGUUCCGGGAGAACAUCCUGCCCAGCGAGUGCGACAUCCUCGCAGCAGACGUCUCGGUGGUCGUCCCGAGGAGCACGCUCGCCGCCGAGCGCGACGAACCGCCACCGCCUCUGGAGCAGCGUCCUCUGCAGUCGCAGUCUUCCAGGCAAGCGGCAGCCAGCGCUGCGCCGCCACGCAAAGCAGCGGAGCAUGUCGCCGGCGGCGCUGCGCGCCAGACGCACGGUCCUGCAGCAGGGACGGACGAGGUCGGGGGCUUUGAAGAUGCAGCGCGGCAGGUGUUGCGGUUCGUUCGCAGCCAGAACCGAUCGAUCACAGCGCCUGCCGAGUUGGCGCCGGGGGAGCAGGACAAGAAGGGCUGGACCGAGGACCGCGAGGCUCGUUUGCUCGCGCUCAUGUACGUAUACGAGACGGCGAAACACCGCUGGGCAGCCAUCUCGCGCGCCGACAAGGCAAUGCCCGACGGCGGCAUCCUGGGGGUCUACGACGGCAAGUCGCUGGCGCAGAAGGGGGAAGGGAGGCUGAUGCGCGACGGAUUGGCGCGGAUGAAGGUCGACCUUGGGGACCAGUCGCGUCUUGUCGACCAAGGGAACCACGAAAGCCCCGGAGGGCGCAGCGUCGGUCCUGCGACAGCCAACACGCCUGCGCAACGAGUCACGCCGUCCGGCACCAACGCCACGCGCCCCGCGCCGACGCAAGCUGACGAUCUCCCACGAGAGGAGCCGACCAACGGCCGCGACGCUCCCGAAGCGGCGGCGCAGGAGGCUGACCUGCGCUCGCGGCCGCUGCAGUGGUUCGAUGACAUCGCCCUGCGGGUGUUGCGGGAGCUCGGUCGCGGGCGCGAAGCCGGGAGCUCGAAGAUGUCCAACGACCCGGCGAGGCAGUGGACGGAGGAGCGCAUGGCACGGCUCUUGGCACUGCACUUCCUGUAUGGGCACGAGAAGAACCGAUGGGCGUCGAUCCUGAAGGCCGAUCAGCAGUCGGAAAGUGGCGCGCUACUGACCGCAUUCAACUCGGGCGACCUGUGGCAGAAGAUGUCGCGCGGGGCCAUGAAAGCUGCCGUCCUCCCGAUGGAGACGGCAGUGCACCGCGAACGCUCGACGGGUGCCGCCACGGGCGGCGACCAGAUGCAUACCGACGGGGAAGGCGCACAUCGGGCGGCUGACGACGCGGGCGGAGACGGCCGUCCGCCUGCCGCCCCUGCCGACAGGAAGCGCACAGCUUCGGCAGUGUGUGGAGGUGAUGACGUCGACGAAGGCGCUGUCGAGGCAACAGCUUCUCAGGAUCGCGGCGUCGCAUCGAGGUCCCAGAAACGUGCCAGGCUCGAUGAGCAAGGCCCGUCGUCCGGAGCGGACCUUGCGGGCGGGGCUGAGGACGCGGCCGCGCCGUGGAAGCUGACUCAGGACCUGCUGAACCAACUGCCGAAGGAUCAGCAGCGCAUCAAGCAGAAGCACGCUCAGCAGUGCGCGACUCUGCUGCUGACGGGCAAGUCGUGGCAGGGUUCGUUCAACAGCUUGCGGGCGGAGCACAACGAGGUGUUCGAGGCCCUCAUCCCACAGGAGCUGCGGAGCGAGGGGUACAAGCUCGGCCACAACUACGGCAUCCUGAUCCGCGCAGUGCUGCUGUACAUCCUGCGCGACGUCACGGAUGACGAGCUUCGUGCUGCGGGACUCCCCUUCGUCGUGCGCAUGCGGCAGGGUGCGCCGCUCGACGCAGCGAUGAAGAAGCACCUGUUCGCCCAGAACCGCGCCAGAGCGUACAGGCUCUCAGACAGCCUGCAGAGCGUAUUCGACCGGCACGGGCUGAGCUGGCCGGGCACUCGGACCUCCAAGGAGAGCUUCGCGAAGUUGAUGCAGCACUACGACAUGACGAGUGGCGCGGCACGGCCCGGUCCGGUGAUGGACAAGCACGAUGACCCUGCUGCAGCGCUCGCGCAGCCCGCUGCCCCAUGA